UUUUUUUUUUUUUUUUUUUCCCUUCCUUCCCCUAAUUUCUCUACCCUCCUCUCGCUCGGUCCCUUCUGCUUCUGCCUUGUCUCUCUAAAAGUCCUCUCUCUCCUCCUUCGCUGAACGGCCCGAACCACGACGCCGUUUCUUCUCACCGUCGACCUCGCCCACCUCGCCAUCACCCGGCGAACUUCCUCUUUCAACGCCUUCAAACACCCCGAACUACAAAACCACCUCUUGCUUCUUCACCAGUUCACGCAGACCACCGCCACCACUACCACCACUUCACCCAAAUCCGACGAAGGGCGCCACAACACACGUGUGAAUCUUCCUGCACCACCGGUCUCUGCAACGUUUUCCAAAACCCGCUUGACGGAAGGCACGAAGCCUGGAGAGAGUUUUCGUCUGCACCAAUAAGUAAAAGAUUCGUUAUUUCACUCUGGACUCUGGAGACUCUGGAUGGCAUUUGUGUAGCCAUUAAAGGUUUCAUAAACGAGCGGAUCACUAUCGAAAACGGGAUUCCGUCUGAGGAGAUUGCAGCAUGCGAGAUCAAGCAAGCAGAGUUUUUGUUGUUUUGUUAUUUAAAAGUUCUGGGAAGUGUUUAAUUGUUCAUUGGCGACAAGGUCACAAGGAAGAGUGCCGUCCACCUAGCAGAGUUCACCAGAAUAUUGGUUUGAGGAACAAAGAGUUUUGAUCGAAAGCAAUGGAUCUCACGCCGUUCAAGCGGGACGUUGAUGAGCUAAUAGAUGAAUUUACUAAGGCUGAAUCAACGAGUUUGGCUGAUAUGAAGAGGAUAUGGCUUUCCAAAAAGUUUUCUUACAUUUACGAGGCUCGGCCUUCUACCAACUUAGCCUUCUUCAUGCAGUCAUUGUAUGCACAUUCGAUUGGAUACAUAGUCGACACAGCUUCUUUAUCACACAGAGUGGGUGGACUCUAUUGCCUUUUCUGUCUCUAUGAGACUCAACCAUGCAAACCUCCUUUCAAGAUUUAUAUAUCUCUUGAAGAGCUGAAGAAACUUCGAAAGCUUGUUAUUGAUGCAAAGGAAAACAAUAUAAAAGUGGUAUCUUCCUUGGUAAGAAAAAUGCUAGAAAAGAAUACUUUCCUCUUUGGGUUCGUGGAUACAAAUGAAGAGUCUUUUGCGGAGACAGUAAACCAACUGACACAAUUACAGAAUGCUCGAGUUCAAGUUGCCUACAAGGAGUUAUUUGCUAAUACUAAGAUUGAGGACUUUCUCCACAUGGACUUGGGAAUGGAAGUUGACCUGAAUACACUUAAGAAAAUGUCAACAGAGUAUGCAGAGGCCAAGAAAAUAGCAAUUACGGAGGCCAGCAAGGUUGUGGACGUUGGGGAUAUAAAGCACAUUGCAGAGGGUAAGGAACUGGUUGGAGAUGUAGCGGAGAAGAUGGUUGGGCAAUGGGAUUCUCAAAGAGAAGUCUUUUAUCGACAAACAGGGGCAAACCAGCGACAGCUGCAACUGAUGAGUGACGAUGACAAUGAUGACUUUGAUAAGGAACUGGAACAGCUGCUAUCUGGAGCAGAUUAUACAAGCAGUUGAAAUUGCAUUGUUUUCUGCAGAUGAUAGUAGUGAGCCGCCGGCGGAGAUGAUGGUUUUUGCUCUGGCUGAUGUUAUCGUGAUUUUAUUUUUGAUACUGAGGCCUCCACCUGGGAUUUUGCUGAAGAAAAUGGUGAAGUCUAGCGGCUGGGUUGUUUCGGUACUUAGUGGGUUUGGACCCAAAAUAUGAAGUAUGAAUCAUGGCAGCGGUGAUCUCACUCGAUGGAUGAAAUUUUUUUGAAUAGUGUAUGAAUAGAGGAAGGUAAAAGAAGUAUCACUACAAUAACUUUCAGUACUUUCGAUUAGGUCAGGGCCAUUCCACUAAGUUAAUAAGUCACCCAUUUCACCUGUUAAUACUCGUUAAUUGAGCCGGCGUGUGUACGGUGUGCGUGUGAGAGAGUUUGAGGACACCACAAAGUUUAUUUGGUAAUGACACAUUAAUGUGUUUUCAUUAAGUUCUAUGUAAUAUAUUAAAGAAAAUUAUUAUUAGCAUUUCAAAAAUCUUAUUUGGCAUUCUAUACACUUGUGAAGGGUGCCAAAUGAGAUUUUUGGAGUGCUAAUAAUAAUUUCCUAUAUUAAAAAGUGUACUUUGAUGUAAUCUAAGUUGCGGCAGAUGUAGUACGUAAUGAAAUGCUAAUGUUUAUAUUAA